AUGUUCCUGAGAUACUACUUGGACGAGAAUCAGCAAAGAGUCUACACUUUGAAGAGAACUGCUCCAUCUGGUCUCCAAACGCUGACUGCUCACCCAGCUCGUUUCUCUCCAGAGGACAAGAAUUCCAAGUACCGUGUCAUCAUCAAGAAACGCUUUGGACUUCUCCCAACUCAGAAGGCUAAGACAGUCGGAAUUCUUUACACAGUUCGGUACUACGUUUUGUUUUUCAGAUCUCUCGUCGCCGUAUCAUCGUUUCAUUCGUUCUUUUCUUCGUUGGCUGGAAAGCUUUUGGCUAUACUCUCAACGACAUGUUCCUUUGGACUGUCGAUGAGCAAACUAUGCAAGGCCGUUUCUUAA